AUGUCUUACGAAGGCAUGUAACAAAAAAAGAUAACAUUUAUUAUUGCUCCUUUCUAGAGAAGACGAAAAAUGAUUGCCAACAGGAAAUAUCGAUAACUAUGAGUUUGCUCGAAGUAUUGUCUUUCGAAUAUACGUUUUUCCAGUUGUAUUUCGUUGUUUAAGACUCGGCCAUCAUCUGUAGAAACACAAACAGCCCUCAUCUUCAUGUCAGCUUCUUUAUUAUUUUAGACUAUCCCCUCUUACGACCACCAUCUGCAUGCAUGCCGACGUUGUUCCGGUCGCCGUACCAAGAAAAAUCUGCGAUCAUCGAGUUAAGCGGGUGUAAACUACCCUCUUGAUGUCUUCCUCGGAUCCGCUUUCGCUUAAAAAAAAUCCCCCUCUCCCUUGGUGCGAAAAUUCAUCGCGCGCCAUCAUCAAAAGUGUAUGUACAAACGUUUGUUUUUCUAACUUAAAAAACACAUGUUUACUCGUUUCGUUCGAAUGUUAUUUCUCGUGUUUCCUUGCGUAGGCAAAUAAUGAAAUUAACUGAAACAACAAACAGACCAGAGUGAAAUGGGAAUGUCGAUGUCUGCUUAAAAAAAAAAAAAAAAAAAAAAGAAAAAAACUCAACGACAACGAUCCAAGUGUCGCGAGUCACGGUAAUAAUUAAAAGAACAACGCGUUUGAAAGUGAAGAGAAAUGAGAAGAGAAAUUAACGAGCUCUGUUGUUAGGAGUCGUUUGACGCAUGGGCGAGAAAAUACUUCGGAGAAAAAGAAGCGGCGCUAUUCUUGCGUCCAGGUGUGAGCCUGUAACGCCAGUGUAAAUAUACAACACUUACGCCAUUCUGACGGAGCCUCUUCGAAAACUAUUAACGUAUCCCGCUGUGUGUUGCGGCUUUGCCGAUCAUUUUUCCGUUCCGACCUAUUUCUCUUUCUACUUGGCCGUGUUUUCGCCCCUUCGAGACAUUAAGUGGCACGUGUUAAAGAACUUAAUCAGGUAGCCAUCAAUGUUAAACAACCACCACAGUGAUCAUCGUUCAUUUACCACUGUUGAAAGAUUACUGUCACUCGAGGAUAGUCACUUUAUCCCUUCAGACUGGGCUUUUCUAUGUUGUCAAAUAAUCAUAAAAAAUAAAUAGUCUUUAAAUUAAGCUUUAACCAGUUUUAAAAGUUAGAGACUUUGAUAUUAUCAACUAAAUUAAUUUGGAUGUUGGAAAAUGUUACAUUCUUAUUCCCUGCUCUCUUUCCAUUCGUAUGAUAUCAUUUAGUAAGUUUUAAUAGUCAUAAUUUAAGCUAUAAUUAGCAUUUAAAGAUUGCACGGUGUACGUUAUCUGCAGAUUUAAAAAUCUGUCAUAUUUUCUGUAGUUAUUCAAUAUCCUGAAAAUUUAUAA